AUGUCAUUUUUCAGUGCGCACGAGCAUGGCAAAGAGAGCGGCGAUUCGAGACGAAAGUCGAAGUCUGGGAUCAAGCACGCGUUUGCGUCUAUACUAGGGGGCCAGGGCGGUGGGCAUGGAGGUGGUAAUAGUGGGGAUAGCAGUAAUAAUAGUAACAAUAGUAAUAAUAAUAAAAAUAAUAAUCAUAAUAAUCAUCAUAAUCAUAGUCAUAGUCAUAAUGGUAACAAUAGUAAUAAUGGGAAUCAUGGCAGUGUUGGGAGGUCGCAUAGUCACAGUGGAGCAGCAUCGGCAAGGACUAGUGGAUCAUCGAUGGUUCGUAGGUCGAACAGCAAUGUGCAGGCGCCGCCAUUGGGGCUCGCGAGCAACGUACCUGGGGGGUUUGGUCCGAUGAUGGCAUUUGGGUCGCCGUAUCCGUUGUAUGGGAGUCAGGAUUACGGAGCGCCGCAGAACGAGCUGGCGACGACGUCUGAUGAUGAGACUGAGAACGAUUUGGACCAGUACCGGGGGGCCAGCAGCUUGCUGGAGUAUUCUUUUGGGCCGGAGCUGGACGCAGCGGACGGGGGCCCUCGUUCAAGACCGUUUUCUGUCAUUAGCGAUAGCGAUAUCGAGGAAGAAGGCGGCGGCGGUGCGAGCGUCGAUUUGGACGAAAACUGUCUCGGGAGACGCAUCACUCGUGUUUCCACAGCACUCAGCGCGGCUGGAUCGCAGAUGAGUGGGGCUUUGGACUCGAGCAGGAAAAGAGCGGCCGCUAGAGCGUACUUGCUGAACUACUUGGGAGAGCGCGGGUUCCUCAAACCAAAGCUGCUCUCGUCGAAAAACGGCGUGAGCUUCCACGUAGCCACGUCGGGCGACACCGUAUUUCUCCCCACCGUUUCGCCGUCCGACGACGAGUACCUGAACCAUUUGAACUGGCUAGAUGGCGACGAAGACUACUACGACGGUGGUGGUGCACCAAACUCGUCGAACCCGGGCUCAAGGCCCCGGAUGGACCACAGAGAAAGCCAAUCGACGAUAUCUGCAUCCACGCAUGGAGCCAAUAACAACGACAGCAACAACCUCCACAACACCCACAGCCACAGCUCAAGACCACAGGACGCUUCGUCCCCGUCGCUCGAUGGUGACUCCAACUCAGAUAGCGUCCCCGCAUCUGUGCGCGAAAGCGGCGGCGUCCCCUACAACAUUGCCGUCAUCAUGUCCCUCAAGACGCCAAUGGAACUGUCCAGUCUAAAGGCUGAGCUAUAUUCAAGAAUCAGAAUUUAUUGGAGCAAUGGCGUGCCCCCAGACAGAUCAGAAAGCGAAGAAUACUACACAGGCGGCCAGCUACAUUGGGACUUCACCAACGAGAACUACAACUUGUACGUCGGGUUCUCAUCCGCGGACCAAGAAAUGGUCAUCGCUGAAAACACACAGAACAUCUUCCAGUCAAGGGUGUUCAGCGACAUCCCCGAGUUCGAGGAUAGACCCUACUUAAAGAAAAGCAAAACCAAAGAGGACUUUCUGAAAAAAGUAAACGCAGCGUCUGAAUUCUCCACAAAUUCGUUCCAAGCUGGAGAUUACGUCUUUAUUGUUCCUGUCGUCUUCGACAAUAAUAUUCCUGAAUCAAUAUACCUGCCUUCCGCAAGGGUAAGCUACUACUUCCGCUGUGGAGUCAAAGUUAUCAAUACUGAGUCAGCAAAUAAUACCGACAACGAUUCGUAUAAGAAUCAAAACAGCGACAGCGCAUUAUCUGGAAAUGGCUACAACAGCCCUCACGGAUCUAAUUCUGAUCUCAACAAUGACGAUUCAAAUCCACCCUCUUCCACUGGUGAUAGUUCGGUCAGCCAUUUCAAGUUCGGUGGCUCAAAACUUUUCAAGAAAAUGAAGGGUCAUUUGCAUAUACAAGGAGGGCGUUCCAUUACAAAGGCAGACUACCAACGGCUAAUCUAUAGCCGCCUGUCCUUAAACCUCAUCAGAACGCCUCCUAUGAGGUCUAUAUCGACCGCAGAUAAGCCUAUAUAUAUCAAUAGGGUGUGGACUGAUUCCCUCUCCUAUGAGAUUUCAUUUGGACAAAAAUAUGUUCCCUUAGAUGCGGAUAUUCCUUUAAAAAUUAAACUCGUGCCCUUAAUCAAAGAUCUCUCCAUAAAGAGAAUUAGAAUAUGUGCCAUUGAAAAGAUCACUUACGUGUCUAAAAAUCUAGAGUAUGAGUUCGAUCAGGUUGACCUGGUAGCCAAUGAUCCAUACAGUCCUUACUAUCAAGAAUUUGCUUCCAGGAGAAAGCCAGAGCGUGUCUUCCCACUUUUGGAAAUCAGAACACGAGAAAAAGGUGGGAAAGCGAUGAAAGAAGAGGUGGUUGAAAACUGCAUAGGUGAUAAUUUGCUUUCUUACUCCUCUUUCAAGGAUAGUGAAACGAAUUCAACCGUUAAUAUGGUUGAGGCUUUGACAGUUGAUACUAAAAUUAGGUUCCCCAAAUACAAGGUUCUCAAUAAGAAGAUGGCAAGAAGUGUUCCGCCAUACGGUAUAGAUGAAUUUGUUCAACAGGACUACAUAAAAUCAUCUGGAAACUCUCGUCGUGGCAGUGCUGCAUCAGGUGUUAUUGAUUUUCUUGCUGGACGGAGAUCUCGUAAGGACUCCUCUGUCACCGAGACUAAUGUGGCAGUGGCCAAAAACACAACAACAUUUAGAGUAAACUCCAAUCAUAAAGUGUUGAAUCAUACGCGUCUGAAUGAACCUAAACGGGGUUUGUAUGUCACUAGCAUCAAUUCCAGUCAUAUCAAUGUGAAGCAUAAAUUGGAAAUCAUGCUAAGAAUCAGCAAGCCAGAUGAAAAAGAUCCUGCUAAGCAAAGACAUUUUGAAGUCUUAAUCGAUACACCAGUUCAUAUUGUAUCGGAACUUUGUACUUCAGAUAACCUUGAGUUACCUACUUACGCAAUGGCCACCAUGUCAGACACGCCAUUCGCAGGCACCAUUUCCUUCGACGAACCGUUACCAAGCUUUGAGCAAGCCAUAUCGGUUCCUAAUUCUCCUCGGAUGUCCCCUAUAGGGAGUCCACAAUUACGUGCAUCUUAUGAUCCAGAUGAGUUAUCUAUUCAGCAAUUAAUGCUUUCUCGUGCAUCAACUCAAAACUUUGAUGAUGCUUCUUCGCAAGCCGCAUCGAUGGCAACAAGGAGGUACAGUAACAUUGACGAAAUGAUGGGGAAUCGCAACCAGAAAAGUGGUAGAUCUCCAAGUCUGAAUCAAGGCACAAACGUUAAUUCAGGUUCAAGUCCCACCGUUACCUUCAAAAAUGCAUUCGUGGAAACAGGUGCAGAUAUACCUUUAAACUCGGAGGAGAGUCUCAACAGUGGCAACACAUACGAAGAGGCCUUGUUGUCCGAUGAUGAGCCGCCAACCUAUGAGGAGAUCACUUCUUAA